UCUGCUUUCCUCCACUUACAGGUGUGUCCCUGACAGAGCAGCUCCUUUGAGAUUUCAUUUGUACUAAAAUGUUGACAGCAGAGUAGCUGGAGGACAGCUGGAAGCCGUGUUUCCUGUCCGCACAUGGAGGUGAUGGCUGUAUCUGGCCUCGGACAUGAUGUGAUCUGUGAGGAGAAUGUUUAUUACACAAGCAAUCAGCAGCUCCAUGUGGGUGUUCUGAGUCCCACUAUUGACGAUGAUGACAACAGAUGCCUGGUGGAUGUGAACAGCAGGCCCAGGCUCAUUGAAUGCAAUUACGCCAAAGCCAAGAGAAUGAAGCUUUACUGGCAGUUUACUCAGGUAAUUCUUAUUCAGCAAACAUUACAGAAGGUUCAGAAAACUGUGUUUCUGUUUGUGAAAUGUGACUAAUCAGUUUACCAGCAAACCAGAAGCAUCCUUGUUUGGUUGGGUUUUUUUGCACAGUGUGGGCAAGCUACAUUUACGUUUAAUUUCUAUGUUAACUCUCUCAAUAGCAUACAAAACUUUUAUUAUAUUCCUAGAGAUGUCAGUGGA